GCCAGGAGGAGGAAGAUAUCUUUGAUUCAUGCAGACUUUUUCCAUUUACCUGCUUUAAUUAUCUACUGCCAGCCCUUGAAGCAAGCUUUUCUUUUACAACGGCUGUUGUGUUCUUCGUAUUAGUCAGUUACUAGGCAAAUGGAGGGAUGAACCUACUUAGAAUUACUCCUUCAAUCCAUAGAUCUCUUUCAUCUGGACUGUUGAGGCUCAGCAUCUUUCUGCUACUUAGCCUUCCUGUCUCCAAGGGGAAAGCCAUUUGGACAGCCCACCUGAAUAUAACAUUUCAGGUGGGAACUCGGAUUAUAUCAGAAUUAGGAGAGAGUGGCGUGUUCGGGAAUCACUCUCCUCUGGAAAGGGUGUCUGGUGUGGUGGUACUUCCUGAAGGAUGGAAUCAGAAUGCUUGUAAUCCUAUGACCAACUUCAGCAGGCCUGAGCAGGCAGACUCUUGGUUGGCCCUCAUUGAACGAGGAGGCUGUACUUUCACACACAAGAUCAAUGUGGCGGCAGAGAAAGGAGCAAAUGGGGUGAUCAUCUAUAACUAUCCAGGUACGGGCAACCAAGUAUUUCCCAUGUCUCACCAGGGAACGGAAAAGACAGUGGCGGUGAUGAUAGGCAACUUGAAAGGCAUGGAACUGUUGCACUUGAUUCAGAAAGGCGUCUACGUGACGAUCAUCAUUGAAGUGGGGAGAAUGCACAUGCCCUGGCUGAGCCAUUAUGUCAUGUCUCUGUUUACCUUCCUGGCUGCCACGGUGGCCUACCUUUUCCUGUUCUGUGCCUGGAGACCCAGAGUGCCCAGUUAUCCCACCCGGAGGCGAAGACACAUAAAGGCAGAUGUGAGGAGAGCUAUAGGUCAGCUUCCACUGCGAGUGCUCAAAGACGGGGAUAAGGAACUGGACCCGGAAGAAGACAGUUGUGUUGUUUGCUUUGACAUAUACAAACCUGAAGAUGUAGUACGUACUUUAACUUGCAAACACUUUUUCCAUAAGGCGUGCAUCGACCCCUGGCUUUUAGCCCAUAGGACAUGCCCCAUGUGCAAGUGUGACAUUCUGAAACCUUAAGAAACCCAGAGAAUCUCCCGAAGAUCUGAGUCUUUCCAAAGAUUAAGAUGAAUUCUCUUUUAGCACUUGAUGUAGAGAGAAAAUUCAACUGUAGCUUCUCUAUGCAAGUACUAAAAAGGGUGAAAUUAGUGUUUUUAAAAUAAAACUCCGUAUCAUGUCCAGCUCUUUGAA